UCCACACUGGUCGCAAUCUCGGGAAAUGAAGUAUAGGUGGCUAAUCUUCUUCUGCAAUAUUAGCAGACUGGCCACUGUGACUUUACUCCAUCUACACGUUAUGCAGAAAAGCAUCAACAAUUACUGUGCUCAGCCUAAGACAUCAAUGUCGCUCAUUUCGUACCGGCUGAUAUUUGCCCGCUAUCUACCUGCCACAAGGGAAAUGGAGAUUCCCAGGGAGUCUUACCUAGAUUGGUCAUAUAACCGAGGCUGGCCGUGGCUUCGAUUGACUCCGCUGACGUUUGGGGGUAUUCAACGCGUACGUAAGAAAAGCAAGAAUCGAGCCGCGCUUCCUGCGUAGAAACAACAAUGUGAUCCCAU